AUGAACAAAAAUGGACAGCUGGAUCUGGCCUACAUUCUUCAGAUGUCAGAGGAGCCACUGGAUGAGCUGGACCUCAAGAAAUACAACACAUCAGAUGAGGGGAGAAGAAGACUGGUACCAGCUGCGAUCAACUGCACAAAAGCUCUUCUUGCCGGCUGUAAUAUCAAUGCGCUGUGCUGUCAGAGUUUGUCAUCAGCUCUACAAUCCUCACACUCUGUCCUGAGAGAGCUGGAUCUGAGUAACAAUGACCUGCAGGAUUCAGGAGUGAAGCUGCUUUCUGAUGGACUGAAGAGUACAAACUGUCAGCUGGAGAUACUGAGGUUGUCUGGUUGUAUGGUGACAGAAGAAGGCUGUGGUUAUGUGUCUUCAGCUCUGAGUUCAAACCCCUCACACCUGAGAGAGCUGGAUCUGAGCUACAAUCACCCGGGAGAUUCAGGAGAGAAGCUGCUCUCUGAAAAACUGGAGGAUCCAAACUGCUCACUGGACAAACUCAAUUUGGAUCAUGGAGAACAUUUCAGAAUCACAGCAGGUUUGAGAAAAUAUGCCUAUGAUCUCACACUGGAUCCGAACACAGUAAACGCUCAACUCAUCUUGUCUGAGGAAAACAGAAAGGUGACACGUGUGGAAGACUAUCAGCCGUAUCCCGAUCAUCCAGAGAGAUUUGUUGAGUGGUGUCAGAUUCUGUGUACAGAGAGUCUGAUUGGACGCUGUUACUGGGAGGCUGAAUGGAGUGGAUGGUCUUAUAUAUCAGCGGCAUAUAAAGGAAUCAGUAGGAAAGAAGGAAAUAACUCUUGGUUUGGAUACAAUGACAAAUCUUGGAGUCUGAACUGCUCUAAAAAAGCAUUCACUGUCUGGCACAAUAACAAGCGAACUGAAAUUCCUCGCCCUUCAUCCUCUAAUAGAGUAGGAGUGUAUCUGGACUGGUCGGCCGGCACGCUGUCCUUCUACAGCAUCUCUGACACACACACACUCACACACUUACACACAUUCAACACCACAUUCACUGAACCCCUCUAUGCUGGGUUCGGGGUGUUUGAUUCCUCAUUGACUCUGUGUCAAAUUAAACAACCUGCUGAGUAG